AUGGACUCGCAACUCAGGUGGAUUCAUCAACUUCUCACAGCCGAGCAACAGUUUGUGUUAUGUUUACAAUUCGGUAUUGGGAGGUAUCUGUUGCCGUUGGCCGAACGCAAAGACGUGCUCAAGUCCAAAGAACACUCUGCAUUAUUUCAAAACGUUCAAGAGCUGCUGCGCACCACCGAAGACACCCUGGAGCGUAUAAUCGACAACGACUGGAAAAUGCUGGCCCGAAACACGUGCAAGGCGUAUGUGAGGAAAAUCGAUCAGAUCAACGGAGCCUAUUAUAAGUACUGCAAGGGCAUCAUUCACGCGGAUUGCGUACUCGUGGAAAAAAUACGAAAUCCCAGUUUUUUGGAACUCAUCAAAGACCCUCCCAUACCCGACCGUAGGCCGGAUUUGAUCACGUUCAUUCACAAACCGCUGGAGCAUUACAGAAACGUAUUAAAAUGCAUGCAACUCAUUCAAAUCAAUACCGAACAUGACGACGAAGGUUUUGAAGCGUUGUCACACAUAGUCCACGAAAUGCAGACGACAUAUCGGUUCAUAACUGUGGAAUCCGGUCUAAUGGAACCGGAAGUGGACGGGAAGCCUUUACUGUCGCUCAACGAUUUAGAAGCCCGUUUGGUAUUCACCAGGUGCAAGCCUUUUACGUUGAACACCCCUGACCGCCACUGGAUAUUCGCUGGCGACCUGAGCCGCGUCGAAGGACGGUCCGUCAGGUCGUACUGGGCUCUAUUGUUCUCCGACAUUUUGUUAUUCACCAAAGUUAGCAGGGACCGCGUGUUAUUUGUCACCGAUGAACCAUUGCCACUAUCCUCGAUUGCUCAAACUCAGUUCUCUGUUAAGAAAAAAGAUACCGAAUUCCGGUUGGUAAUUAGCAAUGGGUCGGACACAUCGUCGUGUCACAGUAGUCCGGCCAUGACCGGAUGCAGCCCUCUGUUUGCCGACCUGUCGGGCACUCUUUCGAGACUGCCGAAAAACAAAGGAAGAGUGAUCGUUCUCCGAGCGCCCAAGGCCGAACUGAAAGCUGUGUGGCAAAAUCUCAUUCAGAGACAAAUGUUGUACCUAUACACUGUCUGUUUUGCAUUUUAUAGACUGACGAUGGAGAAAAACGCGUUCGCCGUGGACGGUAAGUGUAGGGGACAGUCGUCGUCGGAACCACCUGACUCGCCGGACGAUCUGUUGGCCAACUCACUGGCCACGCUGGACGACGACGUCUACGCGGACAGGCUAAAGACGUUUGCCGCGUCGUUAGUGGACGAGAGGUGUCAGCGGAUGACCAAGAGUAGCACGUGCAACAAGGGCAAGGCGCUGCACAUAUCGCAGUGGAUAAAGGGCGAACUCGGAGGUAGCUUAUUUGACGGGGGCAGUAGUGGAGGCGGUGGAGGCGGCAGCACCGGUGGUGGUGGUGGUGGUUACGAUGACGAUGACUUGGAACUGUGGUCCAUGGAACAGAUGAAUGCCAAACGGGAGGAGAUCGAACGUCGGUUGUCGUCGGCGGCAGCUGCCAGGGACGGUAUAGAAACCGUCAUAGAGUAUGCAACUGCUGCGGAAACCGUGUCGAUAGUUAGCAGUCCGGACGACAGUCAAAGAACCGUCGUGCCGGAAAACGUGUGCGACAAGUGUCAGAGGACUUGCGAUAUCAACGGAAACCAGCAGUCGGACGCUUUCCUCGACAUGGAUCCCGAAAACAAAUGGAAACCGUCCACAGUAUCCAUGUCCACAGACCUCAGCCCUUGUGAACCUUUCGGUCACAUCAACAACAAUAGCAAUUAUGUCAACAACAAUACCGGAAAUGAUAUCAAUAACGUAUACGAUGACGAUGAUGAAGAAGACGACGACGACGACGACGGACUCGAACCAGAUCGACCGUACGCUUUGCUCGCUUCGUCACCACCACUGCAACGCAGUAGUCAUCAACAUUAUCAACAACAACAACAACAACCACAACAACAGAUUCGACUGCAACCCCGGUUUUCGUCGACGUGCAGCCUGGAUGGAACUGGCACGAAUCGCGACCAUUCGACGGACAGUCUGGACAGAGUGGAGUAUUGUUCGAUCACCGACUACCGAUGGCCCGAAGACUUUUGUCCCGUUACAGCUAGCUGUUGUCUACCAACCGAUGAAGACUACAACUACGAUGCAUCGAGUGAAGAAUUCUGGGGAACGCCAAAUAGCAGCACUACUUCACCACUGUCCAUCGAAGUGAAUUACCACGAAGAACGGCAAAUCGAAACAAUCUUUUCGACUCCAGCAGUAACGUCGUCUACACCUAAAAAGAGACCGGCUCGAUUAGAACCUCUAAUCGAAGAAAUCGAAUCGUCGGACAACACUCCGUCGUACGAAUAUAAAGAAGUCGUUUACGGAGAAGGUCAGACUCUGUUGAACUUUAAGACCGGGCCCGUGGGUGGAUCCAAAGACAAACAUACUGAAAAAUCGAUCACCAAAAACUUAUUUAACAUGUUGUGGCGGACGUCCGGCAGGAAUCGUCCGAAGAGGACUUGCAGCACCGAAUCUAAAAUGGGCGCAAGUUUUAUCCGGAGACGACGAGUUAAGUCCGAAAAGUCAAAACAAAACAAAGAAAUCAAACUCAAUCUAAUUGAAAGCGUAUACUUAUUAAUCUUUGGUUAA